AUGCUUCUUCUGUUUUCAUUUAAUGUAUGGGACAAAGUCCCGCGUUUGGUCCGUUGCGGCUUCAUUAAUUCUUCAUAUUGUUCAAUAUUUGAUUUAGCAACUAAUGAACAGGUUGAAAAUAAAAAUUCAAUCCAAUCAGAGAUGAACGAAUCACUUGAUGUUAAGCAAAAAUUCCUCGUAAAUGUUUUAUCACGGUCUACGACCUCGCCGCUUCGGUCUGAAAGACCUUCAGGACUCAAAGAGUCCGUUUGCGGCUUUAUUUUGACAGUUGAUGAUACCAUAAAUGGUUUUAAGUAA